UUUUACUUUUUGUCUCUCUGUUAUUUGAAACUAUACUUGAUUCUCUCUUUUUUAUUUUGUUCUUACGUUGUCCUGUUGUCAGGUUUAAACAGCCAUGCAUUCUAUCAACACAUCCGUCACCAACACAUCGUUACCUUCCCCUCCUACCUCGCCUGAAGUCUCCAAUAGUAGCCAGAAACGUAAACGCGAAGAUGACUAUUUGCACACCCCUCGAAAACGACAGCAAUGUACUGAACUGAAUCUCCAGCAUUUGCGGGCUUAUCUGGAAGCGGGCGGAUCUCCGAAUGUCCGCGACGAACGACAUCGGAUUCGACUGGUCGAAUGGACGUGUCGUGUGCACAGUUUGAGCGCACUGCGACUUUUGUUACUGCAUAAAGUCGAUCCGUACAGUGUUCUUCACUUGGCAGUCACCGUCGGAUUUUUGGAUGGCGUGGCAGAAGUGUGUGAACAAGGUAUCAAUAUCAACCGCAUCAACACGUUGGGCCGCACCGCCCUGCAUAUAGCAGCACAACACAAUCGGCCAAAAAUUCUUCAGUAUUUACUAUGCAGAGGAGCCACGCCCAGCCUACGAGAUCAACACGAACACACACCUUUACAAUUAGCUAUCUUUAAUCAUCAUGUGGACUGCGUGGAAGUCCUGUGCAAUGUGACGAACGAGCCUGACGUGGUGAAAGACGCCGUCAUGAUCGGUUACGCUCCCGUCUUGCGGCUACUGUUACGAAAAUACCCACUUGAUCAGCACAGCCACGACGUUGAUUGGUUGCAAUUAGCAAUUCACUGGAAUCGAUUGGACUGCGUGUCUGUCUUGGUUGAGGAAGAACAUACAACGAUUACAUCAGACGCCAUUUAUACCGCCGUGCAGCAACGGAAACUCGAUCUCGUAAGGAUGCUUUGCGGUGGCAAAGGCAGUCCUUGUGUCAAAGGCCAUAAUCCAAGCCUGGUUUAUGCAGCAAGCCACGGAUUCAAAGAAAUGUUACCUCUGCUACUGACGCAAGACACCAGCAAAGCGUGUCUACAACAAGCCUGGAUCAUGGCCGAUGCGAGCAUUCGACACUAUCUCAUUCAGCUUUUAAACACUCAUCACCAGCAUACCAUCACCCCCAAAACAACAUGAAUUUUUUCUUGUCUAAAAAAGUCGCAUAAUCUCCCACUAAACUACCCAAUAGGAUGCAACGUAAUACAAAAAAUAAACAGACCAACGGAUGGCACACAUCCGAUAUAUAAU